GUCGAUGAUAAUUCCUCGUGCACGAAACAUCACCUGGUUUGAGGAAGUGCUUGUUAUGGAUAUCUGCGUGGCGAUCAAACGGGAAUACUUUCUCGAGCAGAAUUACGUGGAUGGCAUCCAAGGAAGCGUUUUCGAACCCUUGCAGGAGGUGAAGGGAGGAUGAAGAAUGCCCCGCGUCGGUGGAGACGGCGGUGGCGGGCCGGAGAAGGCAGGAGGAAGUGGUUUCGGAGGAUGGCUUGGGGGUGCUGCAAGAGCCAUGACAGGGGGAAGUGUCGGCGGUGGUUACGUGGUUUUAGGUGGUACCAGAUACGGUCUCAGACUUUCUCAGGAAAGCUUGCCGCCAUCGAACUCGCGGGAAGAAUCGCAGGAAAGACGUCGAAAGAGGAGUUCUCGGGAGAGCGAUUCUCGCGAAAGACUGACGGAGAAGAGUCCGGAAAACGCGGCGCUCGAUCUGAGCACGAGCCUCGCCGACUGCUGUUGCAUCGGUCCACGUUCUCGUUUGCCGUUGCCAAGGAUCCCGCCGUCGGCAACGAACGUCGCUACGUCGUCGACAUACCCGUUGUCGUCGUCGACGUCGACGUGCGGAACAAGCGGUGGAAGCGUUGUAGGUGGAGCUGGAGGUGGUGGUGGAGGAAUUGGUAGUGGACAGGCUCCUUUUCCUGGGCCUCCCACGUUUUCGAACAGCCGUGUUGCCGGCGUGGAACAGCCGGCGACGCUGACGACGCCAACGACGUCGGCGCAACCGUUGGUGAACUCUAAUAAUAACCGAGGGAUGCUGCAAACGUCGGUGGGGAACAGCACUGGCCAGCACCAUCAAGCACAAUCGUCCGCGGCUCUAACAGCGGCGGUACCGUCGUCUUCGUCGCCAUCCACUUCGACAUCGUUCAACACAUCCACCGCCGUUCCGACGUUGCAGUCCGUCUCGGUACCGCGCCAGCUAGCACAGUGGACCAAGCAUCAGACGCUGAAGCUGCAGGAACCAGCAGUGAUAGCGGUGGACCGAUUGCAUAGGUUCCGGUGGAGCGGGGGCGGAGGAGGAAGUAGCAAGAAGUCCUCUUCCGGCCCCCGGAGCGAAAAGGCCGAGCGCCUUCGAGAGCUCACCGAGAAACUCAAGGGACCAGCCCCGGUACCACCACCUAGGAGACCUUCGCGGGCUCAAGCAUCCUCUCCACCCCCCAGUGGGUAUCAACCACCCUCGCAGAACUAUCCUCAGACAAUAAAUCAAGGAUGUGGUCGCUGCGAUGGUCGACCUUCUUGUCGAAGCUACACGUACAGUGAGGGUACGAGUCAUGGGUCGGGAAAUCAGCAACACCAGCUAAAAACGAUCAACCGGAGUGACAGUGUCGGUGACGAGUGUUUCAGUGAGUCGAGUAAUGACGCGUGCAGGAAGCUAUGUAGCGACUCGAGGAGAACCUCGCGGUCGGUCAGGCAACAUGAUAGGAACAGUGGUGACGUAAGUGACAUCAAAAACGAGCUGAAUGCUAGUGCGGACGGCGCGAAACACCUGAGACAGUACAGUGAUUCGGUGGUGGAUAGUGGUACAUGUGUGGACGAUUUGUGCGACGAUCUGAACGCCUCAUCCGGGGCAGGCAACGAAGGCGAAGCCAGGGAUGCAAUCACAAGAUUGGAGCCCAGAGGGCCUUUUCUUACGUUUCACAGAGCUGGUGCGCCAUUUAGGAGCGCUUCCUUCGGCCAGGUGGAUUUCAAUCAAGUUAGUCGACAGAAGGCUCAGCCAAUAGCCACGUCGAAUCGCACAGAGAACAAGGAUGUUCGUGCAAGCACGUUACCACGAAGACGAGGGGACGUCAGUCCAGUGGUUUCCACGCCACAGAACAGCCCCAAUCGUCAGAGUCCGAGAACAUCGACGCCUAGCGUCGACAGCGCCGUUGGUUCCGCGGAAGGUCUGGGUGUACCUCAAACCGGAAACGUUGAGGAGAUUCGACCGAGGAGCGAUGGUUCCGACAGUCUGGCAACUUCCAGUGCACUUACCAGCCCAGAACCGCCGGUGCCAGAAAUCAACGAGCCAAGAGUCGAUCUGGUGCAAACUGAGCCUCCUAUCGAGAUCGUCACAUCUGAACCCGUUUUUCCGCUCAUUGAAAGUGCGCCCAUCGAAGAAACUGUGCAGAAAGAAAAUAGACUGGAACCGCACGAAGUGAUAAUAACACCCCCACCUGAGGAGCCACGGCUAAGUCAAGCUAGCGAAGGUAGCGAGGCGGCAAGCGAGGCACCCUCUGAAGCGUCAUCGCCAUCGGGCAAAACUAGAAGGUACCGAGGGGAUACCAGUAAAAGGAGAAAGGGCGUGUACAUAACCCAAUGGCCAGAGUCCUUGGACACCGACAGGAACAAGCUGUCAGCUCAGAGCAGCGAGGAAAGAGACGAGCCACCUGCGACGCCUAGCGACCUCUCCGACUGCGAGGGCCACACGCCUAGAAGAUAUAGUAAAAGACCUCUCCGUGGUCCUUACGGCCAAAUGCUGGAGGCAGAGAUGGCGAAACCGCGAACUGCUGAUAUCUCUCUCGAGGAAGGUCUACGUCCACGUAGAAAAGUUUCCGAGAAUCUCUCGUACAACGCAAGUUCGAAUAACAGCGGUUCAGAGCCACCCACGCCCUGCCAUCAUAGAACCACUUCCAGCCCGAGCAAACUUGAAGGCCUUCCGGGACCAAGUCCCGAACUCCUCGCGGAACUACUUCGAGGAUCUUCAGAAAGGGUGGCACGUGCACCGGCGCAUCGAAACGAUACGAGAACUCACGUAGUCGUGGAAUUGUACGAUACGGAGCGAUCGUACGUGGAAGCACUGCAGAUACUAGUCAAUAAAUAUCUACAACCAUUAAAGAGCCCCGAAAAUGCAGGUUUGGUGGACGCAGCGACGGUGGACGAAAUCUUCUAUCAGAUUCCUUCUAUUCUCAACCAUCAUGAAGUGUUCCUGGAGGAGUUACGUAAAAGACUGGAUACUUGGGAGCUUAAGCAGACCAUUGGCGAUGUUUUCCUCGAUGUGUUCACCAAGGCAGUCGUCCUGGAAACGUACACGCUUUUCCUUGAUAAUUGGAAGUCCGCGAGGAAGGCGAUAAAAACGACUUGCCAAGCGAAACCGGCAUUCGCGCGAUUCCUCGAGGCAAUGGAACGGGAGCACAAAGGAAAACUUGGGCUAGAUCAGUUAUUGAUCAAACCGGUGCAAAAGAUACCACGUUACGAGUUACUGAUUCAGAGGUUGUUGAAGCACACCGAUACCACGCAUCCGGAUUUCGAGUUGCUCCAAGCUGCUCAGAAGGAAGUGCACGAAUUGGUCGUAAAGAUCAAUUGCACGGAAAGGGAGUCUCUCGAGUGGGAGCAACAGCAAAGUACAUUGAGGGAGGUUCAGGCGCUCGUCGAAGGACUCGCUGGUAUCGUGACAAACGACAGAGCUUUCGUACGCCACGAUCUUGUCACCAUAGCCUCGAACCAAGGAACCAGAAAGGAACGUGCCCUAUUUUUGUUUUCCGAUUUGCUUGUUAUCACCAGUAUCAAGAGGAGAAGCGGGACAAUCAGAAAACCAUCGACAAGUUCCUGUCCAAAUAGUCUGGUUGGCCUAUUGGAAGCAAAUAAGUACAAAAUGUUAAUGAGAAUACCGCUGGACGACCUAGAAGUUAUGAAAGCCAAAGAUGAAAACCUGAGGCGAAUGGCUCGUGAGGUAGACCAUCUUCGAGAAGACUGUGCAACGUUGACUCAGCUUCAGGAACUCGCAGCUACAUUGCAUGGUGCGAAGCAACAAUUAGAGGAUCUUAUCAAGGAUAUGUUGGGUCAGGCACAACGUCAAUUAGCUGAAAGGAAUGCAGCGCAUUCGCAGUUGGCUUGUCUGGAAUUAACGCUUAACACUCAGGCUGGAAUCGAGAACAUUUCCGUAAUGUUCACAAAGCCGGACAAAAGGGCCAGCUGGGAAGAGAGCUUCAACGAGGCUAAACAGAAGUUAGCAUUGUCCGCUGAUAGGAGGCCCUGCCCAGAAUUUGUGGGACCUCUGCCAAUUCGAAAGACUCGGGCUGGGUUGCAGUUCACCUGUGCUGCGCCUACAUUGGCCAAUGGACAGGGUUCCAGGGACGUUUGGGUGUGCAACAGCGAUGGUUACGUGGGUCAAGUCUGCGUGUUGAGUCUCACCCCGGAACCACCACAAGUGACAUCUUGUAACGGAGUCUGCAACGCAAGAAUCCUAUGUGUCGCGGGAAUUCCAGCGUGCACUCAAAGAUCGAAUUCGUGCGUGACUAACAACAUUUCAUUCGCGAACAGUAAGAGCGGCAUAAGCAUCUCGGUCCAGGAUGUCGAUGCCAGUGGCGGGAACAUACAGUUAGAUAGUAGCUCGAGCUCCGACGACUCGGACUCGGACGACAUUCCAUGUGCAGAUACGGGUAGCCUGGCUUUGAGCAGCGACGUUCCGAGUAUUGAUAAUGUUACAACGGAAGAAGACGUUAACCAACCAACGAUGUGGCUGGGAACCGAAGAUGGAUGCAUACAUGUAUACAAUUGUAACGACAACAUCAGGAUAAAAAAGAACAAAGUGAAAAUACAGCACAAUAGCAGUGUGCAUUGCAUCAUAUAUUUGGAUAAUAAAGUGUUCGUGUCACUUGCUAAUGGAGACAUCACUGUCUAUUCUCGAGAUCACAUGGGUGGUUGGAAUACACCCGACCCAACGACAGUAUCGGUAGGCACAGUGGCUUCUCCAGUUACGAAAAUGCUUCCGGUAUCCGGGAAACUUUGGUGCGGGUGCCACAAUUCCGUAAAAAUCCUCAACACCCACUCGCUAGAUAUAGAACACACUUUCGCCGUUAGCAACGACACAUCCCUGUCGGUUUCGUGCAUGGCAAGUUCCGGUGGGCUAGGAGUCUGGAUUUCUUUGCACAAUAGCGCCGUGCUGCGAUUGUUCCACUCUGGUAGCUAUGAAUGCUUGACGGACAUCAAUAUAGCACCAGCCGUCACCAAAAUGCUUACUAGUUGCGAUGACAUAAUACGACAGCACAAGGCCGCCUGUCUCAGGGUUACCGCACUUUUGGCUUGCAACGAGUUGCUUUGGAUCGGUACGAGUGCCGGUGUACUAUUGACCGUGCCAAUUCCCCAUAUAAAGCCAUCCACGCAGAGGAUGUCCCAACCACCGAUCGUGAUUGGUGUUCCUCAUGGACAUACCGGACACGUGCGUUUCCUCACAUGCGUCGAAACGACUACAUUGUCGAAGCCGGAUCCGCGUCCAAAAGUGAACAGAUACUCUCUGAAAUCUAGCAAAACUCAACAGAACAACAUCAAUCGCGGGAAACUCUUGGUGAUAUCAGGCGGAGAUGGUUACGAGAAUUUCAGAGGUGCACAGGCAUCCGCCGAGCUGCAGGCUGGUCGCGAAGAUUCGACCAACCAUCUGCUGCUUUGGAAGGUGUGAUCUGAUCUGGCACGGCCCUCGGUAAGGGCCACAAUUCACUCACGUCGGCAUGACAUGCCGUGGGAAUUAUUGUUGCGUGUGCAAUCCACACGCGGUCGGGUCCGUCAUUGUCCGAUCGUGACUGUUCAGGACUUGUUCGCCCGACGAUUUUUCAGAGAACGCGGAAGAGUUCUCUGGCUCGUUUUGGCCGAAUGGAUCAAAAGCAGGAUAAGGGAGGUCCGUUAUUUUCAAGGUGCCAAGAAGCACGCGUUCCAAACUGCUAUGGAACCGGACUAGAGAGCUUUCUCUAAAUCUUUUGUUAAUACCGAUCGAGAGAGUCAGAUCGUUACAGUAAUAUAUUCGAACCUUGCUGGCUCGUUUCGAAAUAGAACUACUGAAAAGGUUCACUGAAAUCAGAUUCAAAACGACAGAGACAUGUUCACACGUGUUUGAGACACUAUAAAAAAACAAUCACGUUCGAUUGAACCUAUAAAUAAUUAUUAAAAUAUAUAUCAUUCUGAUCUGGCUGUUUUGAAUAUUAUUUGAUUUCAGUAAAUCGAUUCCAUGAAAGUUUGUACUUUUGCACUGGAUCUGAAUGAAACGUUGGUUUCUCGAUGUUCGAUCUCGCGGCAUUAAUUCUUCGUGUGAUCGCAAUUUAAAUGUCGUUGUACUUCGAUAUUCGGUAAAGAAGGGUAUAGGUAAACGAUCGUACACGCGAGCUUUAAGCAAAUCGAUGUAAUUACGCGUGUACUAUGCUCAUUGUGUUAAAUAUAAUAUAUACACGUUGAAUUUAACACUAGAACGCAAUGGAUUACGAUACCUGGAAGAGCGUUGAAUCGAGCUUAACACAACACCGUGACACUGGCCUAAAAAUACCUUUAAAACGUUAAAAGGGAACUAAUCGAGUUAGAGUGCCAAAACGAAUUUAUCAUUGUCCAUCGAUCGACGCCGCGCGCUCGAGAACUGACGUAUAACAUCGUUGUUCGUUUUAUUAAUAAUUCAACUGAUCGCAGCAGAAUGUGUUCGCGUUUAAUCGCUAAUGGGAUUCUAGCGAAUUCUGAGACUGGAUAAAUAAUGAAGAACUCGGGCGCAAAUAAAUUUCUUUCGGAUUUGAAAUUCUUGCGAAUAGCAAUGUCAUUGUAAGUGCAAAUCGAGAGAAUUAUACUUUAGUUGAUCUCUAGUAAAGAGAAAUGGAAAAUAAAUAAAAUCUCAAUCGUUGAACUUUUGACAUUAGAUUCUGACUUUUCGUCUUCCUAAUAUUUUCUUUAUUUGGAAGAAAAUAAAAGUGUUAUUGUAGGUGGAAAAAAUCAUUUUGUUGGAAAUGUAAGAAAAAUUAUGGGAUUCAUAAAGAAAUGUAUAUUGGAAUAAAGAAGGUUCCUCAAAGCUUCGUCGCGAUAAUUAUUAUAUAUUGGCGUAAAAUUAUUCUGUUGUUGUUAUGUCCGUGUUAAUGGUACAAAAAUUCGAGUGGCCAAUUCGUAUAGUUUCCCCUGUUCAGGGUACUUCUGGAUAGACCUUAAGCUCUUUAUACAUCUCCCGCGCGUUUUAUUCGCUUCAACUUUGAGCGACUCGUCUGACUUUUUUACAACUUCGCGUAUAUAUCGACCGUACAUAAUUAACAUACAGCGUAUUUGACAAUAAUUAAUUGAUAUCAAUCCUUCAGAUAGUCUUACUCAAGAUCACGAUGCAAAUCAUUUUUUGGUCUUCAAUUGUACGAUCAAUUUUCGCGCACUUUGCCCUUCUGAUUUUAGGAAUUAACAAUUUUAUUUUUGCGCGAAUGUUCGCACGUUGAUUAGUUUCAUAGAUACCGAAGUCGUAACUAUAAAAUCCUCGCCUUUAUCGCAAUGAUUCGUUUUUAAUCAGGACCGAGGACAUUUUACAGCUUCGGAUGUCUCUUUCAAAAUACUCGAUUGUAUGUUAUCUAAUCUUCCUUGAAUUCAUUUUACGAAUUUUAGAUUUCUCGCGGAGCCAAGGUGAGAUAUUCAGAGUAUUAUUAUACUUUUAUGACGGCGUUUGGUCAUAGCAGAAAAUUAAAAAAAAAAAAAUAAAAAUUGUUAUCCUUCGAUUAUGAAAAUUGAAAGAAAUUGUAUGAAUGCGUUGUCUAAUUAUAUCUAUAACAUAUGCAAAAAAGAGACAAAAAUUAUAUUUAAAAAAAGUAAAAGAUUAUUGGAGUGAAUGUUUCUGAGGGCUGUAUCAUUUUGAUGGAAGAGCCGGCGAUGCUUCAAAAUGCUUCAAGACUGAGUCGCAUAAUUUUAAAGAACACAAUAUAAUGAAUCAUGUUAGCCCUACACAUAACCAUUAUAUUCAAUCAAUGAUAUUGAUACGACAUUUCGCAGGAAGCAUUAGAGCCUUGAUUUUCGAUCUCCCACAACCGGCUCGAACCGAAAAACAAUUACAAGAUUCGCUCUACUAUCAUAGAAAUAGAGACAUCUUUUUGAUGUGUAUAUAAUUAUCGACAUACCUGUAUGUGUGAUAAAUUGUUGUUCGCAAGCCUAUCGCUCGAAAGCAAGGCAUAGAUGUUAGAAUUGAUAUAACGAGGUCGUAAAUUAAAAUAUUAAUCAAACAUAUAGCGGUAUGCAUCUUAUAAAAAUGUCCUGAAUCUCAGACUAUAAAAGUUACUUUUAUAUUGAUAUCUAAAAUAUUUAUAUGAAAUGUGUGCACUAUAUGCAAAACAGCAAAUUAUAUAUUUUUACAACCUGUUUUCUAGAUUGUAUUCUGUACAAAAUUUUUUUAAUUGUUUAGCUGAUCAAUUAUAUGAAACUUGAUUGGUGAUCAACGGUAACAUGGUCAUUAUAUUAUAUAUUAUAUAUACUCUUUGUACUACAAGACACACGACAGUCUCAUGCGUCACUUGAACCUCUGCAUAGCAUAAUUAUAAUGCUGGUGAAACGUCGAAACAUAAUUCCUUCUAGAUAAACUCGAAAUAAUCCCGGUAACAUAGAAUUGAAGCCAUAAAAGCCGAAUUCUUGAAAUUCUCAAAAUCUCCUAAAACUUUUUCUAUCAUAUUAGAAAAAAUGAAGAAAUUCUAAUCCGAUGGUCUUGAACCAGCUAUCGAACGCCUUGUUCUUUCUUAUGUUCCUUAAAUUUCAUUUCUUUUAGUUCUCAGAACGUACAUAUCAAUAGCUGUCCAAUUUUAUGACCUUAUUAUAUCUCUUCCACCAACUAUGCAAUCUGUUGCUAAUAAAAAUUGUUGACCGCGUACGGGCUUAUAUUUUGUUUAUCGGUGUGAUUUCUAUUAUCGUAGCCGAAACGUAUAUACAUGUUUGCAUGCGAUUGAGCUCGAUUGUGUGAGAAGGCUAGAACAAAAGAAGUGAAAAAGAAAGACGAGAGAAUCGUGAAUAUUUGCCUUGGACUUUGCGCCCUUUCGCGAAUUGAAAAGUAUCGAUCUUUUCGCGAGACAACGCGUGCAAUCAUAUCGUUCUAACUGUCGUUGACGCGUGUGCCUGUGAUGGAUGGUGAACUAGAAUCGUAUGGGGUGCGAUGGUCAGAGAUGCAACUGCGUGUACUGGAAGCGUAGACGAUCUUUUGUUAGUCAACGUGUUGUUAGUCAACAAGGAAUAUUUACAAAUUCUAUGAAAUUUCGUUACGAUCGUCUCUGUGUAUUUUUGUUUAUCUCGUAGCGAACAUGAACGUAGCGAUCGAACGAACGUAGAUAGAUCUUUGAUCGACGCGUAAAACGUGGGAGACGAGCGUGGAAUUAAAAAGUCAAGUUAUUAUUUAUUGUAGCUACUUAAGGUACGUGAAAGUACGCCAGACGUAUCGCGAUUGAUACUGUGUACGAAUGCAACUGUGGUAUAUUUCUAGUGUGCAAUAAAAAAAAGGAAGAAAGAUGUCAUGUAUUCAGCAACGAUCGCGUCCCGUAAGUUAUUGAUUAAUGUUGUUAAGUGUCUAGAAGCAAGAGAUACGUAAUUGCGUAUAAAAUAUAUUUGUAUUAUAUGUA